AAUUUAGCGGGAAAUGUAGCCUGACAUAUUACCUGAGAAACUGUCGCCGUCUGGUGGUACAGAACUGAAAGCGCACAAAUAAAAAAGGCGCGCUAAAAUAAAAUGGACGACAGGAGUAUUGUUAUGAACACUAAAUUAUGCUGUAUCACAUGUGCAUGUUGUAAUGGAUGCACGCAAUUUCUGUUCACAUGACUACUGAUAUUUUCCUGAGUAGGAAAGCUAGUUAGGACUAUUUGAAAAUGUUGUUCACAAGAAAGACAUUUGAUUGCAGCAAUUCCCAUGUUUUAUGUUAGUGUGACUCAUGUAGUCAAUUUGGACAGCUAUACAUUCUUCUUAUUGUCUGUUUAGUUUUUGAGGGAGAAAUUAUAUUACAAUUGACAUUUCAGUUGUUGUUUUUCAUCUUUGGGUUAUUUCAGAUAUAAGUACAAUGUAUAGAAUAUACAACAUGCACUUCUCAGGUGACAGACCUGGCCUGAAGAUGCAGGCUGCAUUUGUCAGAGAUGCUUGGAUCGUGCUCAACAACAAACCAAUGGUUUAUCCCUGCGGUUCGUGGUGAUAUUCCCCCUGGAUGUGCUGCAUACGGUUUUGUUUGUGAUGGCACCCGGCUUCUGGUUUUUGGUGGAAUGGUGGAAUAUGGAAAAUACAGCAACGAUCUCUAUGAGCUACAGGCCAGCAGAUGGGAAUGGAAAAAGUUGAAAGCUAAGUCUCCCAAAAAUGGCCCACCUCCCUGUGCUCGACUUGGUCACAGUUUCUCUCUGGUGGGCAACAAGUGCUUCCUGUUUGGAGGGCUGGCUAAUGACAGCGAGGACCCCAAAAACAACAUCCCUAGAUACCUGAAUGAUCUGUACACCCUGGAGCUUCGUGCUGGCUCCAGUGUUGUAGGCUGGGAUAUACCAAUUACUUAUGGCGUUUUGCCGCCACCUCGCGAGAGCCACACUGCUGUAGUGUACACAGAAAAGGAGAGCAAGAAAUCUCACCUUAUCAUCUAUGGAGGGAUGAGUGGCUGUCGUCUGGGAGAUCUAUGGACUCUUGACAUUGACAACCUGACCUGGACCAAGCCAUCGGUGAAUGGCACAUCGCCUCUGCCCAGGAGUCUCCACUCUGCCAUCACCAUCACAAACAAGAUGUUUGUUUUUGGGGGAUGGGUUCCCCUGGUUAUGGAUGACGUGAAGGUGGCAACACAUGAGAAAGAAUGGAAGUGCACAAACACUCUGGCCUGCCUAAAUCUUGACUCCAUGGCCUGGGAAUCAGUGUUGAUGGAUACCUUGGAGGACAAUAUCCCCAGGGCCCGGGCAGGACAUUGUUCUGUGUCCAUCAACUCUAGGUUGUAUGUCUGGAGUGGCCGUGACGGUUACCGUAAAGCAUGGAACAACCAAGUCUGCUGUAAAGACCUCUGGUACCUUGAGACAGAGAGGCCACACGCUCCCUCGAGAGUGCAGCUUGUCCGUGCCAACACCAACUCCCUGGAGGUGAGCUGGGGCGCUGUGUCCACCGCAGACACCUACCUGCUGCAGCUGCAGAAGUACGAUAUCCCAGCUGCCGCUGCUGCCACCUCCCCGGCCCUCACCGCCACCUCUUCUUUACCGGGGAACUUGCCCAAAAGCCCAGCGGCUCCCUCUGCUCAGAACCUACCACACACAGCCAUCUUGAAGGUUGCAGCCCCUCAGUCUGGCACAGGUACCUCCCUUGUCACUGUGCGAGCCAACCAGGCUGUGAAAUCCCCUGUCACUGUGACAUCACUUCCUCCAGGGGUUCGGAUGAUGGUUCCUGCCCAGACUGCCCAAGGAACGCCAAUCGGCAAUAGCCCUCAGAUGAGUGGCAUGGCAGCUUUGGCUGCAGCUGCAGCAGCAACACAAAAGAUCCCGCCCUCUUCAGGCACUGGGCUCAACCUUCCAGCAGGUGCCACCCUUGUCAAAACGAUGGCUGGCUCCACCACAGUCAAAAUGUCAUCUCCUCUCAUGGUCAGUAACCCAGCCACUCGCAUGCUGAAGACUGCUGCAGCUCAGGUGGGCACAGCGACUGUAUCAUCACCCAACUCGCCCAACCGACCCAUCAUCACUGUGCACAAGUCAGGCACGGUCACCGUAGCCCAACAACACCAGGUGGUUACCACCAUGGUGGGAGGAGUCACCAAGACAAUCACCCUGGUCAAGAGCCCCCUUACUAUGGGAGGCAGCGGCACUCUGCAGAUCUCCAGCCUUGGCAAGAUGAUAUCUGUGGUACAAACCAAGCCAGUGCAGACAUCAGCUGUUACAGGCCAGGUUUCCACUAACCCUCUAUCACAGCUCAUACAGACUAAGGGUUCUCUCCCUGCUGGCACCAUACUGAAGCUGGUGACUUCAGCAGAUGGCAAGCCCACCACCAUCAUCACCACGUCCCAGGCAGGGGGCACAGGGAACAAACCCACCAUCCUGAACAUCAGCGGCAUGUCGCCCACCACAACCAAACAGGGCACCACCAUCAUCAAGACCAUCCCUAUGUCUGCUAUUAUGAACCAGCCUGGAGCCACAGUGACCAGCAGCACAGGGAAGAUGCCCUAUACCAUUCUCACCACCAAGAUGAUGACCACUGGCACUCCAGGCAAAAUCAUCACUACCAUGCCUAAGCUUGGCACUGUAACUGGCCAACAGGGGCUGACACAGGUGGUUUUGAAGGGCGCUCCGGGCCAACCUGGCACCAUUCUGCGCACUGUACCCAUGGGAGGAGUCCGACUCGUCACCCCGGUUACAAUGACUUCUGUCAAGCCCAAUGUAACUACACUGGUUGUCAAGGGAACAACUGGUGUCACCACCCUGGGGACAGUCACAGGCACAGUCUCCUCCAGCCUGGCAGGGGGCAGUUUAGCCAGUGCCAAUGCCUCUCUGGCAACUCCCAUCACCACCCUGGGCACCAUUGCCACCCUGCCCAGCCAAGUCAUCAACCCUACGGCCAUCACUGUGUCAGCGGCCCAGGCCUGUCUGACCACAGUCACUACCCUGUCCACCUCCACCAUGUCGGUGAACCAGCCAACCCAGGUGACUCUCAUCACCACCCCCAGCGGGGUUGAGGCCCAGCCAGUGCAGGACCUGCCCGUGUCCUUCCUGGCCUCCCCCACCUCUGAGCAGCCCUCCACUGAGGCCGGGGAUGCCCCUGGUACUGUUACUAUGGUCUGCUCCAACCCACCCUGUGAGACCCACGAGACAGGAACCACCAACACAGCCACCACUGCGUCUGCUAACAUGUCGGUGUGCUCCAACCCUCCCUGUGAGACCCACGAGACUGGAACCACCAACACCGCAACAACCUCUUCCACCAACAUGGGAGGGGCAAUGAGGGCAACCACCUCUGCUUACCCCGGAACCGCCAGAGGCAACCAGGGACCAGAGAACCUGCGCACCGGAACCACCGUCACCCCCGCCACAGCACGCUCUAACAUGGGCUCAGCCCAGACCGGCACUGUGCAGAGUCCCAAGCAGCCAGCCGUGGGCCUUACAGUUUGCUCUAACCCACCCUGCGAGACACAUGAAACGGGCACAACCAACACUGCCACUCAGUCCUCGUCCGGCAUGGGUAACGGGAAGACUAACACUGUGCAGAAAGUGUGCUCAAACCCACCCUGCGAGACCCACGAAACGGGGACCACCAACACCCCAUCCCAGGCCAGUUCCAACAUGGCUGGGAACCAGACAGGAACAGUGACGGUGCAGGGGGUGUGUUCAGACCCCCCCUGUGAAACCCACGAGACUGGCACCACCAACACGGCAACUACUGCCACAGCAGAUGGAGCAGACGGUGGCACCAGCAGUACAGAGACUCCCUCCACUACUGCAUCUGGAACAACCCCAGCCACCAUCCAGAGCAGAGCGAUCACUACUGUGACCCAGUCCACACCAGCCCCAGGGCCCUCAGUACCUUCCAUUUCUUCGAUCACUGAGGGUGCAGCAGUUUCCACAGAAGAGCCCAUGCAGACUGAUGCGGCCACAGAGGGGGGAGACACCUCUAUGGAGACUGGGCUGCCCCCAGAGCUGAUGUCAGAGGGACAGAUAGGAACAGGUCUGUCUGCAGAGGAGCUGGCUGUGACUGCAGCAGCGGAGGCAGCAGCGGAGGCAGCAGCGGAGGCAGCAGCACAGGCAGCAGCACAGGCAGCAGCACAGGCAGCAGCCACUGAGGAGGCCCAGGCCCGGGCCAUCCAGGCAGUUCUCCAGGCAGCACAGCAGGCCACCAUGAACGAGGGUGAUUCUGGCUCGGACAGACAGCAGACCACCACAAUCCCCAUCGUUCUGACCCAGCAAGAGCUGGCAGCCCUGGUCCAGCAGCAGCAGCAGCUCCAGGAAGCUCAGGCUCAGGCCCAGCAGCAAGGAAACACCCAAGCCCUGCCCACUGAGGGCCUGGCCCCCGCAGACAGCCUGAAUGACCCCACGUCUGAGAGCAAUGGACACAAUGAGAUGGCUGUAGCCGCUUCCAGCGAUGUGGCAUCACUGCUGCCGCGCACCUCCACGGAGACCCUGGCCCCCUCAAGCACAUUUGCGGUUUCCAGUCCAGCCAACCUGCAACCUGCAGCUUCUCUAGCAGAGGUGGCCAAUGGCAUCGAGGGCGGGAAGCUAUACACUCAACCAGCCCCUAUCAAGACACUUGUAAAAAAAGAGAACCGGUGGUUCGAUGUUGGAAUCGUUAAGGUGACAAACAUGGUGGUCACACACUUCUUCAUCCCAGGGGAUGAUUCUCAAGUAGAGGAUGACUCGGGCGCCAUUCCAGACUAUAACCAGAUGAAGAAAAUGGAGCUGCAGCCUGGCACAGCUUACAAGUUCCGUGUUGCUGGCAUCAAUGCUUGUGGUCGUGGUUCCUUCUCAGAGAUCUCUGCUUUCAAGACCUGUCUACCAGGCUUCCCCGGAGCACCUUGUGCCAUCAAAAUCAGCAAGAGCCCGGAUGGUGCCCACCUCACCUGGGAGCCUCCUUCGGUGACAUCAGGGAAGAUCAUUGAGUAUUCUGUGUACCUGGCUAUCCAAAGCACCCAGACAGCUGAGCCCAAGACCUCCACCCCAGGCCAGCUGGCCUUCAUGCGGGUGUACUGUGGGCCCAACCCCUCCUGCCUGGUGCAGUCCACCAGCCUUUCGAACGCCCACAUAGACUACACCACCAAGCCCGCCAUCAUCUUUCGUAUUGCCGCGCGCAACGAGAAGGGCUAUGGCCCUGCCACACAAGUCCGAUGGCUGCAAGAGUCCAGCAAAGAUGGUGCCUCGGCAAAACCUGCCCCAAAAAGACCAGCAGUGUCCUCACCUGAUGUUAAGGCUGCUGGUCAAAAGAAAGCAAGAACGGACCAGUGAACCAGUGACCCCCCUACUCGCUGUCCAGGAAGACUUCAUCCUCAUCCUGGCUUCACCCCAUCUGUGAGUUGACCCACAACCAGCCAGCAACAUAAGCAAAAUGGCAGCAGAAACCCUAGAUGAAAAUCAACAAGAGAGAGUUCUGUAGGCAAGACUGUUUUUUUUUUUUCUAGAGCAACACAAAUUAAAAAAGCACAUUGUAGCUUUUACUUCAUUAGUCUUUUUUGUUUAUUUUCUUUGCUUUUCCCCUAGCUACUUUUAUUAUACAUAUUUUUGGCUAGUUUCCGUAGUUGUAGAGAAACAUUUACAGCAUCACAAGCUGUGAGCCGGCCUGAGCUUAAUGUUACUUUUGUUUUUGAAUAUUUGGGGGUAGUAGAGAGAGAGACUACAUGAGAUGAUGUACAGUUUGAGCAUGUGCUGAACAGGAGGCAGUGUUGGUUUAGAUGGGAGGAACAAUCAAAACGGAAAAACAAAGCACUUUUCCUCAAAAGGGACAUUUUUUUUCCCCCUCAAGCAGAAAUGUUCAUCAAUUAAGAAACCAAUAUAUACAAACAUCAUACUGGACUCCAGUCUCCUGGUAAUCUCAUCACUGUGCUUUUGCCCCGAGAUAAGGACCGAUGGCUCUGAAGUGGAGAAAGGAUUUAAUGACAAAGGAAGAAAUGUGUAGAGGAACAGAGACUUUGCUAUGACUGAGACUUGCAGCAUACACACAACAAAUAUUGCAAAAUCUUCCCCAAAAAUUUGCAAGCAAUGAUGCAGAUCUUUGCAUAGUUUAUUUUUCUAUUUUUUUAAGCUUUUCCCUGUGUCUAUCACCAUGCAUUUUAAAACGUCAACUACUUUUAUUUUUUUAGUUUAUUAAAUCAAAUAAAAUCAAAUUUUAUUUGUCACAUACACAUGGUUAGCAGAUGUUAAUGCGAGUGUAGCGAAAUGCUUGUGCUUAUUAUUGUUCAUCCCCAUAGUUUAAGUGUUUGUGGGAAAGGGGUGGCAGUGCUGAGGUAGACACUAUAUUUUAAAAUAUUGGUUUUGAUCAGUUGUAUGUUCUUGUUGUGUUGGAGUGUAUGGAAAAAUAAAGGCUUUUGUAUUUGUGCUGACUAGGACCGCAAAUGUAAUAGGACUGAAGGGAAUUUGAAACAGACCCGUGGAGAGGAGUACAUUUAGUUUACUACAUCUUCCAAUGCUUGUGUUGCUGUGUGUAUGCCAAACAUGGACAAUUUAAUGAAGAAAAAUCUUUUCAGUCCCACAUUCUUUCCUUCCCACCCCAAUACACCACCUUUCCAAUCAGUAAUCUGUAUACACUCUGCUUUUGGGGUCAUUAAUUUGAGUACCCUACAUUUAUUUUAGACCAAGAAAGAAUAUAUUUGGAGACUUUUGUUCCUUAUACUGUUGAGGAAGAUGUAUGUGAAACCACCAAAUAAAACAUGUAUUACAUUUUUUUAGGCUCUGUAUUUUACCAAUUACGGAAGGGAGAUGUGCAGGUUAUUUCUGAGAAGUUUACCUGUAUAUCUUUAAAUUGGGAUGUCUUGGUGGGAAGGAAGAUGAAUAGCCAGAGUUUAAACUCACUUGUAAAUUAGUUUUUCCAUAGCAAGAAUAAAAUAUAUUGGCCUUUUAUACAAUUACCUGUACCAAAAAGUUUUUACAUGUUGGUCAUCUCUCGAUUGCCUUUUGUGUCAUGACUUAUAUAUAUUAAAGAAACAUAGUGUGUG